AUGGUCUCCAAAAAGUCACUCCACAGACCUCCUCCGGGGGUCGUCUCAGAUGAGAAACCCGCCAACAAAAUCCGACGUCAACUCCUACACGUCAAGAGAAAGCGUGCCAAGGACUCGGCUCGUCGGGCAGAACGCUAUGCGUUCAAGAAAGAGGAGGCCAAGAACCCUAGACUCAAGGAGGAACGUCUCAAGCGCAACAUUCCCUUGACCCUGGAGCGAAAGCGAGUGUGGGACAACCCGGACAGCGACGCCGAAGAUGGACUAGGUCUGAGUGUCGACGUCGAGCGCAUCAAGAGACAAAAGCAGGAGGAGGAAGACGAACUCAAUCGGCCUCUGGAUCCUUCCGAACAGCAGUCGGAGGGGUCGCAAGAUGAUAGCGACGAUUUGGACAGCAUGUUGGCCAGCAGCGACGACGAAAAAGACGAUGCCGACGGUGACAGCCACGAGCGAGGGCGGCCGAAAUCCUCCGUUCCUUCGGCCACUGCGCGUGCGACGAGUCCGACUCAGUCGACCAAGAGUACCAACAUGAACCUGGCGCCCGAGGCAUUGGCCGCCAAAUUCCCGUCGCUCUUCUCCACGGAAACCCCGAAAACGCCCAAGAUCCUAAUUACCACCUCCAUCAACUCGAUCCUGCACGACGAGGCCGAGAUUCUGACCUCCCUGUUCCCCAACAGCGUAUACAUCCGCCGUACUGCGCACCGCUACGCACACAAGUUCUCCGUCCGCGAGAUCGCCAAGUUUGCUACGAACCGGGAAUAUACCGCCCUCGUCAUUCUCCAGGAAGACCAAAAGCGGCCGGCGGGUCUGGACAUUGUCCACUUGCCCAAGGGUCCGAUGUUCCACUUCUCCAUUAGCAACUGGAUCACGGGUAAAAAGCUCCCCGGGCAUGGUAACCCGACGGAACACUGGCCGGAACUGAUCCUCAACAAUUUCCGCACUCCGCUGGGUCUCCUCACGGCGCAUCUCUUCCGCAGUUUGUUCCCGCCGCAACCCGAUAUCGAAGGCCGCCAGGUCGUCACCCUGCACAACCAGCGCGAUUACAUCUUUGUGAGACGGCAUCGGUACGUUUUCCGCGAGAAGCGCGAGACGGAGAAGAGCGUCGUCGGGGCGGACGGAAAGGAGAUGAAGGGCGCGGAAGGACUACGAACGGGACUGCAAUCGCUGGGACCCAACUUUACCCUCAAGCUGCGACGAGUAGACAAGGGGAUCCAGCGGGCCAGUGGACAGGAGUGGGAAUGGAAGGGAGGAAUGGAGAAACAGAGAACGAAGUUUCAACUGUGA